CUUGUAUUUACUCAUACUGUUUCAUCCCUAUUGCUGACAAGAAAAUUGCCGUGAAUGUGAAAAAGUAGACUAUUAUUGCAGAAAAAAAAUUGAUAUCACUUUUAAAACGAAUUAUUUAAAUACUUCUUAUAUAAAAAACGAAGCACAAUUCUUCUUUUGGAUGGAAAUACUCUAAAAUAGAAACUAGUCGCAGUGAGCGCGAUUUAGUGAAAUUAUUACGUGUGUUGCCGAGGUGGUGUCCCUUGGUAAUCAUUUAUUACUGAUUUUAUGGGGUUAAGAUAUUAAUGCGCGGAUUGAAAUAUAUGUGGGUUUUCUUCGGCCCCUUAAUUAAGGGGCCAAAAUAAAAGGUGAAAGCAAAAAGAAAUUUGACGCUCCUCAACGAACAUAUUCCCUAAUCAGCAAAUAAGGAAAAAAUACGAGAAGACAGCAACGAAAUAAAAAGGGCAAAACCGACUGGGAAGGUGAAUAAUCGGUGCCUGUUCAGUGCGAAACAAUCUCAAAUUGUCGAAAGUGCUGCCAGUGAGGCAUAUUUGUUAUUUUUUUUUUAUAAUUUUCAACGAAAAAACCACAAAUACUUGGGGGGGAUAUAAAACCAAAAGCUCGAAACGACGACCAUUGUUGGCCAAUUCCGCUGCGCAAUUUCCAAAUUACCAAAUCGAGCAAAACAUAUACUAAACGCAAUAACAAAUAUAUCACCAAUACGAAAACACGAAAAGAGAAAAUAAGAAAUUGUCAACGUCAUUCUCCAAUAUCGCUUUCGAUUUUCUAUUCUCUUUGGACACAACUCGAACGAAUUUUCGUUAAUUCGUUGCAAUUGUCACGAUUCAAUUGUGCGAAUUAUUAUUUUUUCAUUUUUAAUUUGGUUUUGUACAUUGGCCACUCGUGUGUGCGUGUGUGUGUGAUCCUAUUCUUCGGAACGCUUCAUUCAGUGCUGUCACUGUCCUUGAAGCCCACUCCCGAGAACAGAUCCCACAUCGUGUGCCGUUGCCGUACAAUCUUUGAAUGGGACACCAGCUAUGAACCAACUGAAAUUCACGCUAGCGCAGAUUGGUAUUUUGGUCAAACAACUGAACAAGAAAAAUUUUGCUGAAACCAGUGAGAGCAUAAAUCAGUACAUUAAAGAUACUGGCUUGGAAGCGGACCGUCAUUGUUUGCGCUGCCUAUUCUCGGUCAUCAAUUUUGAUGGUACGCUGUCAACAAGUCCGAAUUCGAACUACAAUUUCAUAGUACAAGCACAAGCAAAGUUACUUGGCUCUCAGUUGGAAAUUCAAUUGACUAGAGUGUCUGCUAUAUCGAAUAUUUGCUUUGCUGUGGACAAUUGCUUUCCUCAACAAAAGACUCUUAAACCGACACCACAACUUAUAGCGCAAAUAGCUAAAAUAACUGGAAUAAGUAAACUCUGUGAAGUGGUAUUGUCCUUAGCACUAACACACUCAACCCAGCCUGACUUACGUCGGUACUCUCAGGAACACCUGAAACUUUCAUUUUCCGAACUAAUUGAAUCAUUCUUGGGUAAAAACGAAACCAGCUCUGCUGCCAGAAGCACCUUACCGGAGGUGUCGAUUGAUAUCUUGCAACUACUCCUAAUUUGUCUAGAUGAGUUCGUAAGCAAAGAACUGAAGAAUAAGUUCUUGGGUUUAUUACGAGAACAAUUUCCGCUUGAGCGCGUACCGCUCAUAUUAGCGCCACAUUUAUAUCGUCAACCUCAUUGUGAUUUCGAAGAGGUAGUUAGUGAGCAAACUGCACCAUUGUCCGUAGCGGAUGCAGAAUUUGAUGAAAAAGACAACACUACCCUGGCUGCUGAUGGAGUCAUCGCUUGUCAGCAUUUAACGGAAAUUGGCAUUGAAGAUAUCUAUGACAAUUUAUGCCAGACAAUAUUGACAACACAGGUGAAUAAUAAUAUUAUGGACACAUCCUGGAUUAAUUUAAUCCUAGAGAUUGGUUACGAAUUCACUUCGAGCGUUGAAGAAUGUAAGAAUCAUCUACGUUGUGGUUCGCGCGAACUUCAAUCACAGGAUGUGGCCAAGAUCAUUGGUCUUAUGUGCCGUAGGCACUCAUCACUACUUGACUGCAAUGUGAAUUUGGGUACUCCGGCCAAUUUUUGGCCUGGCCAGGCGGGCACUGUGCCCGGCACACAACAACAACAAAAUGUGGCCAAUAAUAAUGAUGGUAGUAACGUAACGGGCAGUGGUGUUGAUAAAACAUCCAAUGUGAAUGAUAAAAAAGACAAAGUCGGCGGAAGCGCAGCCGGAACAACCAGCACAGAAACCACACAGGCAUGGAAACCAGAUGUGUUUGUACAUGCACUGAAGGAGGUAGUGUCACAGUUGAACUGGAAGGAGGUGUGCUUGGAACUGGAUCAUCCUGAAUUCAUAUUGAAGGAUAGAAUCGGCCUCGACCUUCUGCUCACUAUUUUCCGCUUGGGCACACAAUCUGCUCUAUUUCCCCAUCCAGAAUGCAUAUACCGUCACUGGCAGAAUGUAAACGGACAGCUAUCGCUAAUAGCGGUUAUGCUAAAGAAUCCAGAUUUGUGCUCCUUUUCCGAUUAUAUCUUUACUGCAGCACCAGUGGAAAUGCUAAAGACACCCCCAGACACUGACAACAAAGAGGUUUGCGCCUGGAAAUCUCUGCACUUAGUGGAAGUUUUACUUUAUAUUGCCGAUCAAGGCUACUACCCACAAGUGAUAGAAUUGUUUAAGUUCCCAGCGCAACAUUGCCCGGAUAUACUAUUUCUAUCAUUAUUACACAUUAAUCCACCAAUAACUGCACUACGACAGGAACUCUUCAGUCAACUCAUACCGACUUUCCUAACAAAUCAUCCGAAUUCCGGUGUAAUACUGCUCAAUGCAUGGAAUUCCGCAAAUUUUGGGGUUAUUCUGCGUCCCAUCAUUAUGCAAGCCAUGUCAGAAUGGUAUCAGCGCGGCACCGAAUACGAUCAAGUCAAACUGUCGCGGAUUCUCGAUGUAGCGCAAGAUUUAAAAGCUCUAUCUACGCUGCUCAAUGAACGUUCUUUUCUGUUCGUGAUUGAUUUGGCAUGUCUGGCCUCGCGUCGAGAAUAUCUAAAGUUGGAAAAGUGGCUGAGUGAUAAGAUACGCGAGCAUGGUGAACCUUUCAUACAGGCUAUUUUGAAAUGUUUACAGCGACGUUGUCCCCAAAUUACCAAUGCUAAGAUACCAGAGAGUCAGUUGCCAUCCAAACAAGCUCAGCUACCACCCGAAACUGUAACAACUAUGUUGCAAUGUUUACAAGCUUGUAUUGGCAAUGUUCCACCAGAAAUAGCUGAUCUCAUAAUGCAAAUGACAGCUAACUGUUCCAUUAUGGCAAAUAAGGCAAGAGCUGCCGUACCACCGUUAGUGCCACAGCUUCCGGGUGUUAUGCGUGGACAUCGCGGUAUGGAUAUGGGCGGUGGUGUGCCGGGAGUGCCACCCCCACCUUUCUCUGCCAAUUUGAAUGCACAACAAAUGUUUGGCCCCACAAUGGACACCCUAUCUAAUUUAACAACAAACAUAGCCAAUUUGAAUCUUGGUGGACCCAAUGGAGCCUUCAAUUUCGGUAAUGUUCUAGGUAAUUUGGCGUCUACACCAGCUUCUCCAUCUCGUCUUAUGAAUCCAGCUGCCAGUCCAUACCCAUUGAAUGCAAUGCAAAUGCCCCCUCCUAAUGUUGGCAAUUUGGCACGUAUGCCACCAACAGCACCACAACCCACACCCACGCCACCAAAUCCCAUCAAUCCGGGCAUGGCCGAUCUGCAGGGUCCCGUCUCCAAGGAGGUCGAAGAUGAGGCCAAUUCAUACUUCCAACGGAUCUACAAUCAUCCGCCACAUCCCACACUCUCGAUUGACGAAGUACUCGACAUACUGCAACGUUUCAAGGAUUCCAACAUACGUCGUGAACAGGAAGUCUACCAAUGCAUGUUGCGUAACCUCUUCGAAGAGUAUCGCUUCUUUCCCCAUUAUCCCGAAAAGGAGCUUCAAAUUACCGCACAAUUAUUUGGUGGCAUUAUUGAGCGAAACUUGGUACCAACAUGUGUGGCAUUAGGUUUAGCUUUACGUUGUGUUUUGGAUGCUUUACGCAAACAGGACUCGAAGAUGUAUAACUUUGGCAUAACGGCAUUGGAUCGCUUCAAAAAUCGUUUACACUCAUACAACAAAUACUGCGAAUAUAUUCGUUCCAUUGCACAUUUUCACGAAUUUCCACCGCAUUUGAUACAGUAUGUGGAAUGUGGCUAUUUGCAACAGGAACCACCACCAGCUAAGAUACAAAUGCUGAUGUCUGGCACUGGACAACAGGCGCCGCCCGAUUCGAUUUAUCGCAGCAAUUCAGUGACUGGCAACUUGGUCACAACGCCAACUCAACAAAAACCCAUGGUUGUUGCUCAGUCUAUACACGCUUCACGUAUGAAAUCUAUUGCCACUGCAACUAAUAUCGAUACAUUAUUGGUGGCCAAUCAGGAGGAAAAAGUCACUAUACCGCCCGAACCUGUGCAGGACAAAACCGCAUUCAUAUUCAAUAAUUUGAGUCAACUGAAUAUUCCGCAGAAAUGUGAAGAGAUUAAAGAGAUUAUGAACAAGGAUUAUUGGCCCUGGCUAGCACAGUAUCUGGUGUUGAAGCGCGCUUCAUUGGAGUUCAACUUUCACUCGCUGUAUUUCAAUUUCUUGGAGGCAUUGAAGAAUCCCGACAUCAAUAAAUAUGUCACCAAGGAGACAUUGCGCAACAUCAAAGUCUUGUUGCGUUCCGACAAGGGUGUGGUGAAUUUCUCCGAUCGCAGUUUAUUGAAAAAUCUCGGUCAUUGGUUGGGCAUGAUGACGCUGGGUCGCAAUAAGCCCAUACUGCAAAUCGAAUUAGACUUGAAGACAUUACUAGCCGAGGCCUAUCACAAGGGACAACAGGAAUUACUUUUUGUUGUGCCAUUUGUGGCCAAGAUUUUGGAGUCGUCGAACAAGUCGAAAGUUUUUAAAACACCAAACCCCUGGACAAUGGCUAUCAUGAAUGUGCUAGGCGAAUUGCAUCAGGAGCCUGAAUUGAAGCUUAAUUUAAAGUUCGAAAUUGAAGUGCUUUGCAAGACGUUAAAUAUUGAAUUGCAGAAACUGAAGCCAAUAGUGUAUCUAAAAGAUCCUUCGCGUUCGAUGAAUAUAGAACACCAGAUGUCGCAACCGAAGCCGAAGAGUAUAGAGGCACCGCCACAACAACAGCAGCAACAACAACAGCAACAGCAGCAACAGCAACAACAGCAACAACAGCAACAACAACAACAGCAACCGCCACAACGCCAAACACCGGGUCCUGGACAAAUGGGACCCAACGAUCCAGACGCACAAGCCUUGAUUAUGGGCGGUGGAAGUGGUGUUGGCAGUGGCGCUGGUAGUAAUGUACCAGGGGGUGUAGUGCCUUCGCCCAGCAUCAGCAACGAAUCAGUCGGGCAGGUCAUUAUGCAAGCGCCAGAGCCACGUUUCUCAUUUGUGGACAUAAAUAUAGCCAAUUUCCACCUCAUCGCUCAACACGUGGUGCUUUCCCCGAAUAUUACAUUCUUGCACGCCAACCCCGGCUUGAAACAUAUUGUGCUGAAUGCAAUUGAACGCACAAUCACCGAGUGGCUGCAACCGGUUGUAGAUCGUAGUGUGCGCAUAGCUGUGACCACAACAGAGCAGAUUGUGCGUAAAGAUUUUGGGCUCGAUCCAGAUGAGAACCGCAUGCGCACAGCUGCACAUCAAAUGGUUCGCUACUUAUCGGCUGGCAUGGCUAUGAUUACUUGCAAGGACUCCUUAUCUCAGACUCUUACUAAUAAUAUACGUAAAGCUUUCCUAUCCGCACUGACUGGUGGACCUAGUUAUCAGGAAAUCGAGGCCGCUGCAAUACAGCUAAGCAAUGACAAUGUCGAGCUCGCCUGCGCCUUCAUCCAAAAGACAGCUGCUGAGAAAUCAACUCCAGAAAUCGAUCGACGCAUGGCCACCGACUUCGACACGCGCAAAAUGACCAGAGAUGAAGGAGGUCGUUUCUAUGACACGCAGACAUUGGCCUAUCAGACAGAGCGCAUGCCAGAGCAAGUUCGGUUGAAAGUAGGCGGCAUCCCACAUACACAAUUCGCAGUUUACGCGGAGUUCGCUCGCAACAUACCUGGCUUCCAGCCGAUGACUGAGCGCGAUAUAGCUCUAUUCUUGCCCAAGCCGCAGGAGAUAGCGCCUGCUUCCUUCGGCACCGACGAACUUGGUCUCAUGUAUGCCGAUUUAGCAGGCAAAAUGGAAGCAUUCCUCAACAGCACCAUAAAUGUGUCCACAUUGCAGCUACAGGCUAGCAAGAUGCAUGCGCUGCUCAACGCUCUUAUGGUAACGAGGCGAAUCCGUGAUAAUGAAUCGGCUCUGAACCUCUUGACACGUGUUGUGGAGGGUCUUAUUGAGGGCCUUGUAAACAUACCCGACCACAUUGAACAAAUGAAACUGUACCGCGAUAUACACUUGCGCAUAUUUACUUUGCUGCAGAACACAUUCGGCACAGGAGUGACGGAGCGUGCAAUCACCAAGUGCAUCUUCGACAUACGCGAUGAGGUGCGAUAUAAUGUGGAAGCGAUAAAAUUGCUAAUCACAUCACAUUUUAUCAAUGUGCCACAAUUCGAUUUGUUGUUGCGCGAAGCCAUGGACAAUGGCAAUAAUUACAUGGCGGUCACAUUUGCUAUGACGUUGAUGGAACGUCUGCUUGAUGGACGCUCGAGCGCUACAUUGGAAACAGAAAUGACUGGAACAUUCGAGAUGCUUGGACGUUUGCCACAGAACCGUCAUCGCUAUCCAGAAGCGUUGACACAUCAGAUUGAUAUGAUGGAUGCCGGACCGUUUGGCGGCGCUGAUCGUUACUUAGCAGGUGCCACACAAUACAUGCACUCGGGUAUGCAACAUGUGCGGGCAAACGACUGUGACGAUCCGCCAGGCUUGCAGGAGAAAACAGAAUUCCUGCUCAAAGACUGGGUCUCCAUUUAUAAUCAGUCCAACAAUUUGUCGCGUGAAACCAAGAUCUUUACCUCAUUCGUCCAAAAAAUGAAUAUGUAUGGCAUAUUGAAAACCGACGAUUUGAUAACGCGAUUCUUCCGACAAGCCACACAAAUCUGCAUCGAUUUGGUAUAUCGCAUACUCAACGAUCCAAGUAAUUCACCAUUGCAAGCGCGCACCAAAAUCUUCCACUGGAUAGACGCUUUUGUGCAUUUAAUUGCCCUGCUGGUACGCCACUCCGGCGAAGCGGGCAAUCCUACUACGAAAAUUAACCUGCUGAACAAGGUGCUCGGAAUCGUACUAGGCAUAUUGCUGCAGGAUCAAGAACUGCAUGGCACCGCAUUCCAACAGCUCGGCUACCAUCGCUUUUUCGUGAUGCUAUUCCUGGAGCUGAGCUCCCCCGAUGCUGUGCUGGAGAGUCUGAUGCACAGCAUUAUGACUGCUUUUUCGCACACGUAUCACCUUCUAAACCCAGCGUUGGCACCCGGAUUUUGUUACGCUUGGUUGGAGUUGAUCUCACAUCGCAUUUUUAUCGGACGUAUACUCGCACAGAUACCGCAACAGAAGGGAUGGCCACUGUACUCGCAGCUGCUACUCGAUCUGUUCCGCUAUCUGGCACCAUUCUUACGGAACGCCGAGCUAGCGAAGCCCGUACAGCUGCUGUACAAGGGAACGUUGCGCGUUCUGCUCGUGCUACUGCACGACUUCCCUGAGUUUUUAUGUGACUACCACUUUGGCUUUUGUGAUGCAAUACCGCCUAAUUGUAUCCAAAUGCGUAACAUAAUAUUGGCUGCUUUUCCCCGCAACAUGCGAUUGCCCGAUCCCUUCACACCCAAUCUUAAGGUGGAUAUGUUGGCUGAGACUGCAACAGCGCCCAAAAUUUGCUCAAACUAUGUAUUCAAUAUACAGCCGGCGAACUUUAAAAAGGAUCUCGACUCGUAUCUGAAAGCACGCGCACCAGUGACUUUCCUCUCUGAGCUACGCUCGCAUUUGCAGAUCUCAAAUGAACCCGGUUCGCGUUACAACAUUCCGCUCAUGAAUGCGCUUGUGUUGUAUGUGGGCACGCAAGCUAUUUCGCAUAUAAGAAGUAAAAAUUUUGUGCCCAAUACAUCAAAUAUCGCUCACAGCGCACAUAUGGAUAUUUUCCAAAAUUUGGCAGUGGACUUGGAUACCGAAGGUCGCUAUCUCUUCCUCAAUGCUAUCGCCAAUCAGCUGCGUUAUCCGAAUAGUCAUACUCACUAUUUUAGCUGUGCGGUGCUACAUCUCUUCGCCGAAGCCAAUUCGGAGGCGAUUCAAGAGCAAAUUACACGCGUACUACUCGAACGCCUUAUUGUAAAUCGUCCGCAUCCAUGGGGUUUGCUGAUAACUUUCAUUGAGUUGAUUAAGAAUCCCAUCUAUAAGUUCUGGGAUCAUGACUUUGUUCAUUGUGCGCCCGAGAUUUCAAGGUUAUUUGAAUCGGUGGCACGUUCAUGUAUGGUCAAAUCGAAUCAUCCGCCGCAGAUGAACAAUAUGGAUGGUGAAAUUCAGGAAAUCAAUUAAACCAGAACUACAAUAAAUAACAACAGCAGUAGUGUAACAACAGAGUUCUUACCCACGAUAUGGUGGUAGCGACCGCAGUGGUGGAAAUGGGUGGUUGUAGUUAUAAGGUUUUGUGUAUUUCGUUGGGGUCUGUUGGUGGCGAUGGCGGCGUAGCUGGCAGCCCGUAGCCAGUCAUUCUUCACCAUGCGUGAACUGCCGUCCUAUUCAAACAGAAGUAGCAGAAGAUUAAAAAGUUUUUUUAAGCUAAAGAUACAAAAAAUAUAAUUGAUUUAUGAAUUAAGACAUUGCAACUUUUUUAAAAAGAAAAAAACUAAAAAAAUUGUAAAAUGUAAAAUGAAAAAGAAAACGAAAAAAGCAAAAAACAAUUUACUUGUAAGUAGUUUAAAAUACACGAUAAAGAGGAAGCAACACUUGAAAGAAAAUUUAAAUUAAAUUAAAUUUAUUGAUAACUAAUUGAUGUAUUAUAAAUAUAAAAUUAUUUUGAACCAAACAAUACAAAUGCUAAUUAUUAAAAAGAUGUUUGUGUAAAAAUCUAAAGUUGGCAAGCGAAAGAAAACUUAAACGAAACAUAGAAAAGAAUAAAGAUGAGCGAAAAUUAAACACUAAAACUAAAAAAAAAAAAAACAGAAAAAACAGGAUUGUACUACAUGAUCGAUGAUAGUAUGGGUGCUCGAACUGCGAGAGUGGAGAAAAUUAUGUAAGGUUUGAAACGAAAAUGCUGCAUUGCUGACCUGAAACACUGCGGCAAAUCAAUUUAAAAUUUUAAACAAAUGAUAAUUAAAGAAGAAAGGAAAAUGGUAAGCAUUAAACAGAAAUUCAUUAAAUAAUACUAUACAUUCAUAAAAUGUAUAUUAAAAAAUAAUAAAACCUUAAAAAGAAAAACCCACAAAAAAAAUUGUAAAAACUAUCUAAAAUACAAAAAAAUCCGACAAACACACUGUACAUAUUUGUAUGAAUAAAUUAGUGUUAAAGGACGAAUCGAAGCCAAGGGAAAAUUCGGUGUAGCGAUGAUAUUUCGACGAUUGCUGACGCUGAGUUGCUCAGCGCUGCGGCGAAUGGAAACACAUUUUUGGAGUUCGAAAUGGGUUAAACGAGCGCCUCAGACAGAAAUUAAGACAACAAAGAGUGCAAUCUUACAAGCGCGAAUGCCUAGCAAAAUCGUGCAACGUUGCUGCAACAGCAGCCAAAGCAAACGCUCGAAAUAUUUAUAAAAAUAAAAUAAAAAUUAAAAAUAAUUUAUGAUGCUUUUAAUAUAGUAUAAUAUAAUGGCGAUGAUGUGAUGAAUAAGAAAAGAUAUAGAGAGCUGGGAGAGUGGAAAAGAUGUGUAGGUUGAGCGCAAGCACAAAUAAGAAUUUCUUUAUCAGAAAUGAAAAAGCAAAGAAGAUAGAAGUUGUUAAAUACUGUCGACUGCUGGCGUGUUUGCGUUUCUCUUUUUUGCUUCGUUUAUAAAUGAAGGAAUUUUUGUGCAAAUUUUUUGUGUUAUGUUGAUAUUUUGCUUAUAUUAAUUUAAAUUUCGAAUAUGUUUCGGUGAAAGCUGCCCGACUUAUGUUUUUGCACACAAACACAUGUUUACAUAAAUAUUUUAGAAGCUCCGUACUUUCUUAUUUCCGUUUUAAAUUAUGUACAGUUUUAAAUAAAAUAAAAAUGAGUAAAAUAUCAAAAACCCAACGUAAGGAAACACAUUUUAAUUACAUACAUAUAUAAAAUUGCUAAAUAACUUUGUUCAUUGUUGCCCUAUUGAGAAUAUAUUUUUAUAAUUUAAAAAUUACACUUUCCAAACGCAAAUAUUUUAUGCGUGUUUAUUGAAAUUGAACUUAAUUAUUAAACCAAUGUUUUUUUUCAAAAUGUCAAAAUGAUUUUAUCAAUGCGCUCAUAUUUUAAGAUUAUUAAAAAGUAAUAAUAAUGAAUAAAAUCGAGAAAAUAAAAUAAAACAAAAUACAACAAAACUCAUCUGCUGAACGCCAGAGCUGUAUGUCAUUGGUCAUUUUACUUGAGGUGUAUGUAAUUAAUUAUAAAAUACUUAUAAUUUCUAAUUAAAUGUCUAAUUGAAAACAAAGUUAUAAGCUAAUGCAUACAGAGAUAUAUAAUUAUAAUUAAUUAUAAAUUGUAUAAUUGACGCUAGUGAAAGAGAGCAGAAAUUAUAUGCAGAUGAAGCGAGAUAAAUUAAAUGAAAAGAAUGAACAAUAUAUGAAGAA